AUGGACAAAAAGUGGCUUGAAGUCUUACAGAAAGAGGAACACUAUCUUCCUCUUGUAGGUGUUGUAACUGUAGGAUUAGCUGCCAGACUUGUUUUUGCCCUAUUCUCCAACAUCUGCCAAAAUCGAAAGGAAAGCGAGCGUUUGAAGCUUGAAGGAUACAAAGAAAUACCUUCUCCGUCAGGAAGAUAUCCGUUUUUUGGUCACAUGUUGUCACUGGGGAAAGCACCAAGCUUUAAAGUACAAAAGUGGCACCAACAGCUUGGACCAAUAAUACGUCUUGAUAUGGGGGUUCAGCCAUGGGUUCUUAUAAAUGAUCCCUAUUUGGCCCACGAGUUAUUUGUUAGGAAUGGAAUAAACUCAUCUGACAGACACAAGCACAGUUAUGCUUACUGGAUGUACAGCAAGGGUGGAAAGGGCAUGAUAUUUAAUCAGCCAGGCAAAAAAUGGAAAAGCACAAGAUCUGCUGCUCUUUCGAUAUUGGCUCCAAAAAAUGCUGAUCAGAUUACAGAAAGUAGUGUGUCAAUAACGGAUAACGCUAUCAAGCUCUUAAAAGAAGACACGGAUAAAGAAGGAGCAAUUUCUCCCGUACGCUACAUGAAAAUGGCUACAUAUGGAACGGUUUUUAAAGCAGUCUUUGGAAAGGAUGUAACAUCUAUCAACGACCCAACUUUAAAUUCCCUGAUCCAUAUAACAGAGAGAAGUAUUGUGUAUGCUGGGGCUGCAGGUGAUAUUGGCGCUUUCUUUCCAAGCUUAAGUUGGAUUAACCAUCUUUCGAGUCAAAAGAAGGCUAUGAAUGAUAUUAUCAACGAAAGAGACAAAGUUCUUGAAGUCUUGAUUCGCGAGGCUAAAGAUGGAGAUGUCAAAUGUCUCACUAAAGUGGCAUACUCAAUCAAGGAGGAGCUUGGUUUGGACGAAAUGGAUUUGACUAUCUUAUUGAGUAGACAGUAUCCUUUCUUAGAUGAUGUAUUUGGAGCAGGAGGAGAUACAACUGGCAUGUCAUUGACGUGGCUUUUUGGUAUAUUACCUCAAUAUCCUGAUGUGCAAAAGAAAAUAUGCGAUGAGGUUGACGAAUUUCUCGUUAAAUACGGAAGCCUACCUUCAUUCUCGAGUAGAGAUGAGUUCCCUUAUACCACAGCAGUUCUUCGAGAGAAUCUGCGUUUCCGAUCUAUUACAAACUUUGGUAUUCCUCACUUUACGGCAAAUGAUGUAAACAUUUCUGGAUACCAUAUUCCUAAAGAUACGAUAUUGAUUAGCAGCAUGCAUGCUAUGCAUAUGAACUCAAGUAUAUAUGAGGACCCAGAGAAAUUUAUUCCCGAGAGAUUUUUGGGUACAACAAAGACUUGGAGCGCAUCUUCCAGCGGAAGUAUAAAAGAGCGCGAUAUCUAUGCCUUUGGAUGGGGAAGACGUAUCUGCCCUGGAAUUCACUUGGCCGAAAUGAUAGUAUUUAAUAUGUGUGUACGCGUAUUGGCACAAUGCACUAUUGAAGCACCAUUAGAUGCAAAUGGGAAGCCAGAAUUUGUCGAUUUGAACAAUAUCAAGACUCAAGGAAUUAUUUUUGGUCCACAAGACUAUAAAAGGACCUCUUCCUUAUGCUGUUGUCAGUGUGCACAGUUAAACAUAAGAUUAAUUCAACCAGAUAAUUAA